AUGCCAACUGUAAAUCCCAUCUUGGAUCCUACUCAAGAUCCAGCAGCUUCCACCACUAGGUCCUCAACUCCCGACUCAUCCACCUACCAUGACGCACGCUCAGACCGCUCUCCUUCCCCCUCCUCCCCACCAUCGCCUCCCUCACUGACUGCUCCCAACUCCCCACCUCACGACGAACCCCCACCCCGCUUCCCUCCCGAAGAAGAAGCCCAGCACCUCGCCUCCUCCACCGCCCUCAAACAGACCGCCAACGCAAUCUUCUCAUCCGGCGACUACUCCCAGGCAAUUUCCCAAUACGACCAAGCACUUGCCGCCUGCCCCACCUACCUCGACUACGAGGUCUCCGUCCUGCAAUCCAACAUAGCAGCCUGCCACCUCAAGCUCUCGGACUGGAAAGCCGCCGUCGCGAGCGCCACCGCCGCGCUCGACGGGCUAGAAAGAGUUUUGCCGACGCCGGGUUUGAAGAGAAAGGGCCAGCAAGGAAAACCUGGCGACGCAGCAACAACGCCAGGAAAAGAAGAGGCACGAGACGAAGACGGCAAGAAUGAUGCCGUAGUCGAACUUGACGACAACGAAGCCUCCGCCGCGCUUCAAUUACAACAACUCCAACUUUCCGACCAGCGCCGCGCGGAUAUUGUCCGCAUCCGGUCGAAAUCCCUCCUGCGGCGCGCACGGGGAAAGACUGAGCUCAAUACAUGGGGAGACUUGCAGGGCGCACUGGAUGAUUACAAGGUUUUAGGUGGUCAGGUGAAUGCAUUGCCGCCAGGAGAUAGGAGGGUGGUGCAAGCAGCGCUCAGGGAGCUACCGGCGCGUGUGAAGGAGGCGCAGGAGAGGGAGGUGGGGGAGAUGAUGGGGAAGCUGAAGGAGUUGGGGAAUGGGAUAUUGAAGCCGUUUGGGCUGAGUACGGAUAUGUUUAAGAUGCAGAAGGAUGAGAAGACUGGGGGCUAUAGCAUGAGUGUCAAUACUGGAGGAGGAUAA